AUGGGCGGACCGGUGGAGGCCUGUUCUCGGUCACGUGAGCGCCGCGACGCGGGGAAAAGCCUGGGGAGGGGCUGUCUUCUCGACCGUCCGGAUCCCGGCGUGGGUUCCCCAGUCUCCGAAGCCUUCUACGGACAUAUGCCCCAGUUCCCCAAGAGGACGGGCUGGGCACGUCCUUCCGACCGGGGCGCCGAGCAACCCCAGCACGCGGGGAGAGAGCGCGGGCCUCAGGGGGCGGAGAGCGCCCCGCCCUCCCGCCGCCGUUUCUCCCUUCCCCGGCUGUCUCCCGGGGCCCCGGCCACCGGUAAGGUGCGCGGGGCUGGAGCCGGGCUGAGGCCGCCUCCGAUCUGCUCGGCUAACCGUGUCCUCGGGCCCCCACUCGGCCGAGGAGGAACGGGACUCCCCUGGCGCGGCGCGGCGCUCGAUCGCCUGGCAGCUGCGCGGGUGCUCGCGCUCUUCGUCCGUGGGCCGGCGCUCAGCAGCCCCAGCCCCGGCAUCUGCCGGCACGGCUCUUCCACCCGGCGCUGUGGAUCGAGGCCACAGGGCGGCUGUGGCUCGUGGUUCGGGAGCCGCGGGCGCCCGGGGCCUCCAGGCCGAGGGAUGCUGGAGCCUCUCCAGGGCGCGGCGGGGCUCCGGGGCUCCGGAAACCGACAGGGCGGGGAUGCUAGAGUCUGUCCUGCGGAGGCCGCGACGCGGGCACGACUGCUGGGUCUUGGGCGGGUUCUACCUGCUCUCAUCCGAGGGGCUGGGCCGCCAGGCCCCAGACAGGCCGCCUGCUGGAUCUCAGAGCUUUACUCCCCUGCUGUGUUGUGCCAGUCAGCACUCAGUAAGAAAUGAUUCUUACUU